CAGGAACAAUUCUGUGGUGUGGUGUGGAGUAAUUUCAAAAACGACAUCUGGCAACCUUGUUACCUUCGUUGUUUUUGUGUUUUUAGAGGAAUUAAAACGUAAUUAUUGGCUUAAAAUUUAGGACAACGUUAUAUUCUGGUCUUCUAGUGGUUUGCUAUUUCUGAUUAGCUAAUUUCAUAGGUAAAUAAUUAUAUGUCGUGAGUUUCGACCUUGCGUAGAUAACUUCUGUGUAUUAUGAAUACAAAGUUACUGUAAAGUCAAUUAUUGCAAUAAAUUAUUAACAAAUUGGAUUCAGUAUUGUAGUAAAAUGUUGUUUUUUAAUAGACUUAUCUAAUUAAACAUCAUAAUUGAUACGCUCGGAUACAAUAUUAUGAAUUUUGCUUGUGGUAAAGACCACCUGGAAGACAGGAUAGUGAAUUCACCAUGACUAUGUUCUCCACUUCUGGUAUGGGAGCAGCACCUCAACAAGCGACAAACCAGGUUGCACAGAAUGGCAGUACUACCUUACCUCGUUCUCAUCAUCAAAGAACAGGUCGACCACCAGCAGCACCUAAAUCUUAUGAUUAUUUAUUAAAAGUUCUCCUUGUUGGAGAUUCUGAUGUUGGAAAACAAGAAAUUCUACAGGACCUAGAGGAUGGCUCAGCUGAUUCACCAUUUUGUAGUGGCAGUGCUUAUAAAACAACAACAAUAUUGUUGGACGGCAAAAGAGUUAAACUGCAACUAUGGGAUACAUCAGGCCAGGGUCGUUUCUGCACAAUAAUAAGGUCAUACUCGCGUGGCGCACAAGGCAUACUUCUUGUUUAUGACAUAACAAAUAAAUGGUCAUUUGACAGUAUCGACAGGUGGCUUGAAGAAGUUGAACAGCAUGCACCAGGAGUCCCAAAAGUAUUAGUAGGCAACAGAUUGCACCUUGCCUUCAAACGGCAGGUUUUAGAAAGAGAUGCUGAAUUGUAUGCUGCUAAAAAUCACAUGGCGUUUUUUGAAGUUAGCCCUCUAUGUGAUUUCAAUAUCAGGGAAAGUUUCUGUGAGCUGUCAAGGAUGGCUCUCCAUCGUAAUGGAAUGGAGAGAUUAUGGAGAAGCAAUAAAGUGCUUAGUCUCCAAGAGUUAUGCUGUCGUGCUAUAGUGGCACGCACGUCUGUGUAUGGAUUGGAACGGUUGCCGUUGCCUACAGCGUUGAAAUCCCACCUCAAGUCUUACGCGAUAUCCGCGGCGCCGAGUCGUCACCGCGCGCGCCCCCCCAAGCAUCCGCACCACACCCGCCUCAACUGCACCGGCCGGAACUCAUGCACUAUUGCCUGAACACGGUACCAUUAUGUUUUUUUUUUAUUACUAGAUCAGAUGUUCCCAAAUUAUUUUCGCUAAGAAUACAUUUCUCCAAAGUGAACCGCAUAGCCAAAUUAUUUUAAAAAUCCUCAUUCAUAAGCUUUUUGAUAUGGAUACAAAAUA